GUUUUCAACUAUGAUUCUGUGAGAAGUAGCAAAGCGUUUUGGUUCCUGUUUGAGUACGUUUUCAGCAUCAGUGGGACUAGAUGAGAGACCCUACCAUUGCAGUGCACUGAGUGUGGAGCCUGAAGCAGUUAUAUGGCCUGGAAAGAGGGAUUCACAGUGGGGAAUAGGCUCUGCACACGUUUGUGUGUGGCUGAAGCUCCGGCCAUGGAGAAACCAGAAGAAUCCCGCCCCAUGGAGAAAUCGUGGAAGUGUGGCGACUGCAAAAAAGGCUUCCGUUUCCCGUCUGCCCUGGAGACUCAUCAGCACAGCCACACUGGGGAGAGGCGAUUCCCCUGCCCUGUCUGUGGGAAGGGCUUCAGCGAUUCCACCAACCUCCACACCCACCAGCGGGUCCACAUGGGGGAGAGGCCCUUCAGCUGCCACAAGUGUGGGAAGGCCUUUUCCCAGGCCUCCAACCUCCAGACCCACCAGCGAGUCCACACAGGGGAGAGGCCCUUCAGCUGCCCUGAGUGCGGGAAGGCCUUCACCAAUUCUUCUAACCUGCUAAGCCACCAGCAGGUCCACACUGGGAAGAGGCUGUUCCCUUGCACAGAGUGUGGGAAGGCCUUCAGGUAUUCUUCUCACUUGCUGACCCACUGGCGGGUCCACACCGGGGAGAGGCCCUUCAGCUGCCCCGAGUGCGGGAAGGCCUUCACCCGCUCCUCCUACCUGCGGAGCCACCAGCGAGUUCAUGUGCCAUCGCAGGGGGAUUGAAGGAAUGACGGCCAAGUGCCAUUAUCGACUGGACUAUCAACCUGUUUCCGGGGACUCUCGGGUUCGAUUCCCACCGCAGCAGAUGGUGGAAUUGGAAUUUAGUCAGAAAUCUGGAGUUCAGAAUCUAACGGUGAAACUAUUGUCGGUGGGGUGGGGGUGGAAGAAAACUCCCACCUGAUUCACGCAGUUCUUUUUUAGGGAGAGGAUUCACUCAGUUGUCCCAGCUGCAUCCUUUACCUGAUCUGGUCUACACGUGACUCCAGACCCACAGCAGUAUGGUUGACUCUGCACUGUCCAUCCAACUUACUUGGAUACAGGAUACGGGUUGAAAAUGCUGAGUGAGGCAAUAAUUUCUCCAGGUUAAGGGUGUACCAAGGAUCCAAUUACAAAGGGCAACUUGGUGGUGACCGAUAAUGAAGAAAGUGAGGGGUUGGAGGGAGUGUGUGCACUUUGACUGUGAGUUGUUUUUAAAGCAUUGCUACUUUUUCUAUGCCUUUCUGUUGGGAGAUUUUGAAGCUGUAACAAAGUUGGGUCACAAUAAAGAUUACCUGAACUUCACGCCAA